CUCUCUCUCUCUCUCCAGUCUGCGAGAGCAGGUCAGGUGUGAUGAUGGAGGUCGUGCCCCGUUUCUCCUCGUCCUCGCUGACCUACCUGCCUGUUUCCUGUCAGCUGCUGGGCGGCGAGUCCACUUCCUUCUUCCUGCGGGAGGUGGGACAGGAAGUGAUGCGUAAUGGGAGCCUGCAGACACGAAGCGAGACGCUCUUCCUUCACCAGCCCUCUGGCUCCGCCCCCCUGAUGUCUGUCAACUGUAGCUAUGGCAACCUGACGGCUGACACGACGGUGCCCCCGGAGCUCCUGCAGGGGGCGCUAACGCCUGCAGCCACACACUUCACACACACCGCACACCUGACGCCUGGCUGGAAGGUGCGGGCGCACCUGGUAACCACGGUGAUCAGGGCGGAGCGGCCUCAGGCUCACCUGCUUUUCUACCUGGCUGGACGCAGGUGGGAUGACUCCGACCCUCCUUCUGAACUCUUGCCGUGUGUGCGGGUGGUUGCUAUCCGUGAUUACGGCGAAGGGUCUGUUUCUGCGGCCUGCAGGCUGGAGGGCAGUUUGGGGAUGUGCGUGACACAGCUGGACGUCCCCCCAUCCUGGUUUACCCCCCCUCCCCCACGCAGGCGCUCACAGGAGCCCCCUCUGCCCACCAUGGAGCUGCACUACUCUCUGUAUGGCGCGGAUGAGCAGGGCAACGAGUGCGCAGUAGGCAGGGUGCAGGGCAGAGGGCAGGAAGUGGACAUGCAGCGGAUUGGAACGGUCACUCUGGGCUCUGUGGACGGUAAAGCUGAGGGGAAAAAGCUCAGGCUGGACCGGAACAUCCAGAUAGUGGCUCCGUCCAGUCCGGUUAAGCAGGGACAAACGGUCAGCUUCCAAAUCCUGCUGGACACGACGGCCACUACGGAGCAGUUCACGCUCAGGGCUCAGUACGGUGAAGGCAUUAACUUCGUGAUGGUGAAGCCCAGCACUCCAGCACUGUGGGAAAUCAAACAAGAAGUGUCUCCAGGCUCCUCUUCCCUUUCCAUGUUCUGCCAGAGGAAGUCCAGCUUGGCCAACGAAAGGUUUGAAGGCUCCGUAUAUGAGGUGAUGUGGGUGGAUUUCGAGAUGGAUAACUUCAUCACCCUGCAGGCGUCGCAGGCCGUUCGCUGGAGGAUCGAAUAUCCGUCUACCGGAGAAACGGCCGAGGCCAUCACCGUCAUCUACGUCAGCCAGAGGGACGUCCUCGGAAUCGUGCCUCUCGCUGAGGACACCGAAAUUUUGAACACGGCUAUUCUGACCGGUCAGCGAGUGUCCCUGCCGGUGAAGGUGGUGACCGUGGAACAGGACGGGACCGUGCGAGAGAUCGACGACCCCGUGACCUGCAGGUCGACGGACGAGGACGUGCUGAAGGUUUCCCCUGCCUGUGAUGAAGUGUUGGUGAAUGGGAAGGAAAUGAGGGGGCGUGUCUCUCUCCAGGUGAAUUUCACAUACCUGUACCUGAGCAGCCAAUUGGAGCUCACUGUCUGGGUGCCACGGUUACCACUGCAGAUUGACGUCUCUGAUGUGGAACUGAGCCAGAUUAAAGGAUGGAGAGUACCCAUCACCACCAACAAGAGGCCGACGAGGGACAGUGAGGAUGAUGAAGAUGACGAGCGGAAGGGGAAGGGUUGCACACUGCAGUAUCAGUAUGCUCUCGUCCGCGUCCUCACACACUUCGUGGCGGAGCCGGCAGACCCCGGUGGUGACCUCGUCCAUAUGCUGGGAUCUGACUGGUCGGCGGACAUCACAGAGCUGGUUCUGGAGUUCCUGAAGGUGGAGGACCCACGGAUCGCCCGGCUGAUUGACGGCAGGGUGCUGAUGGGGAGGGACCUGGGCAUCACCACCAUACAGGUAAUCUCCCCUCUGUCUGAUUCUAUCCUGGCUGAGAGGACCAUCACUGUCCUGGAUGACAAAGUGACUAUCACUGACCUGGGGGUCCAGCUGGUGGGCUCUUUAUCCCUGAGCCUGCAGGCCAGCGCCACACACACUAAAGCAUUAUACAUCAGCGCUACUGCACAGGACCUGCUGCACACACCUAAACAGGAAGCGGUAAUAAGUGCUUGGAUCCAGUACAGUGACGGCACCGUGACCCCGCUGGACAUUUACGACCCAAAAGAUUUCACGCUGACCGCCAUUUCUCUGGACGAGCGAGUGGUCUCCACCUAUCAGGAGCACCCCCAGCAGUGGCCGGUGGUGGUGGCGGAGGGCGAGGGCCAGGGGGCGCUGGUGCGCGUGGAGAUGGUCAUCUCUGAAACCUGCCAGAAGUCCAAGAGGAAGAGCGUGCUGGCCAUGGGCGUGGGCAGCGUCCAGGUCAAAUUCGGACAGAACGACGUGGGUCAGAAGACCCGAGCGAUGGAGGAGGGGGGCGGGGACGGAGGAAUGGACAACAGCACCAGCGAACAGAGGCAGAAGGUUAUUGAACAGGACAAAAACGGCAGCCCUGAUGGCUGGAAGUUCACGGAGAGAGAAGAAGGAGCGCUGCGGAAGGUCACUGCAACCACAAAGUCCAGCGUAACCAGCCGGAAUCAGGGCAGGAAACAGGCAGGCGGGCAAAAUAACAGCCCCGGAGACUACCCAGCACAGGUGGAGUUGCCUGGCGGGUCAGGGAGUGACCUUAGCCAUAACCCUCGGCGUCUCUCUGACCUGGAGAUCGGCAUGUACGCCCUGUUGGGCGUUUUCUGCCUCGCCAUCCUCGUCUUCCUCAUCAACUGCGUCAGCUUCGCCUUCCGAUACCGACACAAGCAGCUUCCCGUGCUGGAACAGGGCAACAUGAACCACGCCCAUGACUGGGUGUGGCUCGGCAACGACCUCGGCAACGACCUGAUGGAUCGCCAUGGCGACAGAGGUGGAGUGCUGGGGCCCGGAGACGAGUGCACGACGGCGAUCGACCGGAACGAGGGCUGCGAGGAAAGCAAGUACCUUCUGAACGGGGGUGGGGCUCAGAAAGGUAGCUCCGCCCACUCUCAGGGUUUGCCCCGAGUCAUGUCUGAUCCGAACGGAGGGAAAACAGAACCACUCAACAAUUCUCCCAGCGCCGCCAAGCGCAAGAGGGUCAAAUUCACAUCAUUCGCCACGGUGCUGCCGGACGAGGGCGGACCGUACACCAACUCCGUCCUGAUCGGCAACGAAGACGAUAUAAAGUGGGUGUGCCAGGACAUGGACCUGGGCCAAUCGGCCGAGCUCCGAACGUACAUGGAGAGACUGCAAGACAAUCUGUGAAAGAAGGAAUAGAGAGAGAGAGAGAGAGAGAGAGAGAAAGAGAGAGAGAGAGAGAGAGAGAGAGAAUAGACUCAAUACAAACUCACCUGUAAUGCCUUUGCACUGAGGAGAGGAAAAAGGGGGAGGGGCUUGACGACAGAGGAGACAUUCAUCCACACAAUACAAUAAGAUGGAGGACGAAGGACAAAACAGAUGACAAAAGGAGCUUAAAGAGGCGCCGAUAAACGACAACGAAGGAUAAACUAAAGAAAAGGACAAAGUAAAUGUAUCAUUUAAGGCUGGAAAAGGUUGGGAAGUGAAACUAGCAGGAGGAGGGUGAGUGGAGAGAGAGAGAGAUGGGCAAUUUAUUCGGCAUCAAAACGGCACAGACCUGACAAGCCUGGACAAGACCAGGGAGAGGGAGAGAGAGAGAGAGAAACUGAGUGAGAGAAUGAGAGUAGGAGAUAAAGAGAGGAACAACUGAGUGGAAGAGAGCAAAAUAGAGAGUGAGAGCAUCAGAGAGAGAAAAGUGAGUGG